AUGGGGAGAGGCGAAACAAAUGCAAAGAAGCGGAAACGCCUAUCAGAUAUCAAAGCGACACAGAAUGGAGUGUCUAUUCCGACUCCAACGGACGCAUCCGCACCGACAGUUGAUACCUCGAAACCAACAGCUGUUUUUCAGCCUACGCAGGGAAGAGAAUGGACGGUGACUGUUGCACUUCCCGGAAGCAUAGUGAAAAAUGCACAAUCCAUCGAACGUCAAACGUCGCUUGCAGGCCACAUUGCGCGUGCUCUCUCGGUUUUCUGCGUAGAUGAAGUGGUAGUAUUCUCAGAUGGAAACGAUGCACCAAAUCCAGCGAAGCGACAUCACAAUCGAACCCACUCCUAUUCCCACCAAGCAGACCCUUCACAAGAUGAAUAUACCGGUAAAAGCGAUCCCGACCAUUUCCUCGUUCACCUGUUGAGUUACCUCGAGACACCUCCGCACCUGCGGCGCCCUUUAUUUCCUGUUCAUGCGAAUCUACGGUAUGCUGGAUCUUUACCCAGUUUAGAUCUACCGCACCAUUUAAAACCAGACGAAUGGUGUCCGUAUCGAGAGGGAGUUACAUUACCAGGCGCAAACGAGGAGGGCACAUUUGUUGAAGCUGGUCUGAGAAUACCAGUGACAGUUAAGGAACAGAUACCGGAGAACACACGUGUUACCUUGAAAUUUUCACCUGGAGCCGAGAAGGCAGCCAAAGAUACUACCAGCGAAGUGAUUAUGGCCGAGCCAGGGAGCUCUGAUGAACCUCGAGAGGAAAGCGGAUAUUUCUGGGGAUUUAAUAUUCGUAGAGCAGAGAAUCUAAGUGAGGUUUUCACCGAAUGUCCGUACGAUGGCGGUUAUGAUAUUUCAAUCGGAACAUCAGAAAGAGGGAUCGAUUCGCAGCAGUUGUACUCUGGAAAUGAAGAUGAGAAGAUCGGAAAAUUCAAGCAUCUGCUUGUUGUAUUUGGGGGCGUAGCAGGACUGGAGGUUGCCGUAAAGAAUGAUAGUGAGUUGCAGAAAUUGGGUGUGGUUGAGGCAAAAGACGUAUUUGACCGCUGGGUCAAUGUUUGUCCCGGCCAGGGAAGUCGCACUAUCAGAACAGAAGAGGCUGUAUGGAUUGGGCUUACUAGCUUGAGGCGGUUGGUAGUUGAAAAUAGAUGA